AUGCUGUCUCGCCUCGCGCCCGCCGUCCGCUCUCGCGCGGCGCCCGCGUCUCUGUGCGUUUCCCGCUCCCUUACCGCUCUCACCACGCGCCUGUCGUCCACGCGAGCCCCAGCGCUCGCCGACGUCGGACCCGAUGGCGCUGCCACCUUCGACCAGAAGCAGGCUCAGUUCCGCCAACAGCUAAGGGAGCAACACCAAAAGCGGGAGCGUGAAGAGAGUAGGUCCCCUGCCGGUGAUGAUGUGUCUGCGUCUGUACCCAACAAGCGAUCUGGUUCUCCUUCUCCGUCUUCUUCUUCUUCUUCUUCUCCUUCCUCUCCCAAUGGUAAAGCUACUGGCUCACUUGCAUCCAACCUUACAGGAGAAGCAAAGGCUCGCGAGGAGUCGCAGGAGGGCAGCAAAUCCGAGGGCAAGCUGUCGAGGCUCAUCUACGGCACCACCGAGGGCCGCAACCUCGAUCGCGAGAUGGAGCGCAGCUUCUCGCAGGUCCUAGCUCGCGGCAAGUACGUCCACUCGAUCGUCUUCCAUGAAGUCAAGCCCGACAAGGUGGAUGAGUACGUCAAGCUGGUGGGCGAAUGGUACCCGAAGAUGGCGUCCCUGCCAGAGAAUAAGGUGCACCUGGUCGGCAGCUGGAGGACUGAGGUCGGAGAUUGCGAUACUUUCGUCCACAUCUGGGAGUACCAACGCUACGAGGGCUACCACGCCUCUCUGCACAACAUUCAGUCGCAUCCCGGAUUCCCUGAGUUCGACUCCAAGCUGAAGAAGCUCAUCAACUCGAAGCGCACGUCCCUGAUGCAGGAGUUCUCGUUCUGGCCGACGACCCCGCCCCGCUCACUCGGUGGCGUUUUCGAACUUCGCUCAUACACGCUACACCCGGGCAACCUGUUGGAGUGGGAGACGCACUGGAGGCGCGGUCUCAAUGCGAGGCGCGAGGUCAUGGAGGGCGUCGGCGCCUGGUUCGUUCAGGUCGGUGACCUGAACACAGUGCACCACCUUUGGCAGUUCGCCAACCUGGAGGAGCGCAAGAAGCGUCGUGAGCAGAGCUGGAGCGUCGAGGGUUGGGGAGAGACGGUUCACAAGACGGUGCCGCUCAUUCAGACGAUGAAGAGCCGCAUCCUGAUCCCCAUGAAGUGGAGCCCUGUUGCAUGA